CACUACUACUGAUAUUCAUUAGAAGCCGGGGUUAUUUGAAGAAUUAUGUCAAUGUGUUUCUUUCAUUUCGUUAAAAGUAAUUUACAUUUUAGUUAAAUGUAUUCAUAAAUUGUAAAAAUAUAAGAUUCCGAAUGCAUCCCUAAUCCCCGCGUUCGUCGGGGAGUCUUUUUACAGGGGUAAAUAUAUAAAAAAGGCCUCAAAAUGAUGCAUAGAAGAGGAGGAAAACGAAUACGCAUGGAUGAUCCAGUUCCUCCAGAAUAUGAGGCACCAAUGACUCCAAUGACUCCUAUAAAUGAUAAUUCAGCCGAAGCUAAUGAACCUUAUUCCAAUUAUGCACCGUACAGUCAAGCACCGCAGACACCUAUACAUAAUCCAACCCCUGAACAUUAUUCAUCUGAGAGUUAUAGCUCUCCCGGUACAUCACAACAGCAAUACCAAGAACAAACAGGGGGUUUUGAAACUCAAACUCAGUUCGAACAACCUAUGACACCAGCAACUCCAACUAAUAUGAGGAUUACAAGAAAUACACGUGCCAGAUUACGUGGUGGUCCAAUACAACAACCAAAAUAUAAAGAAAUAGAUACGGAUUACAUUCCUACUACCAGUGGCAGAGGAAGGGGAGGAGGAGGACGUGGUCGUGGAAAAAGAACACAUCAUUCACAUAGUUUGGAAGAUGAAGCAAGCCUUUAUUAUGUCAUCAGAAACAAUCGAUCUUCUUUAACGGCUAUUGUUGAUGAUUGGAUAGAAAAAUACAAAAGUAAUAGAGAAAAUGCACUUCUCAUGUUAAUGCAGUUUUUUAUCAAUGCAAGCGGUUGUAAAGGACGUAUUACAUCUGAAAUGCAAGCAACAAUGGAGCAUGUAGCGAUAAUUCGUAAAAUGACUGAAGAAUUUGAUGAGGAAAGUGGGGAGUAUCCUUUAAUAAUGACUGGGCAACAGUGGAAAAAAUUUAGAGCAAAUUUCUGUGAGUUUGUACAAAUAUUGGUUCGGCAGUGUCAGUAUUCAAUAAUUUAUGACCAGUUUUUAAUGGACAAUGUAAUUUCAUUGUUAACUGGUCUUUCUGACUCGCAAGUACGAGCUUUCAGACAUACGGCUACUCUUGCAGCUAUGAAACUUAUGACGGCAUUAGUAGAUGUUGCUUUAACCGUAUCAAUAAAUUUGGAUAAUACACAGCGACAAUACGAAGCCGAAAGACAAAAAGCAAGAGAAAAACGAGCUGCCGAUAGACUGGAAUCAUUAAUGGCGAAACGAAAAGAACUUGAGGAGAACAUGGACGAAAUCAAAAAUAUGCUUACAUAUAUGUUUAAAUCCGUGUUCGUACAUCGUUACAGAGACACAUUGCCAGAAAUACGUGCAAUUUGUAUGGCAGAAAUUGGUGUUUGGAUGAAAAAAUUUCAUCAAAAUUUUUUAGAUGACUCUUAUUUAAAAUAUAUAGGUUGGACAUUACAUGACAAGGUUGGUGAAGUUCGAUUAAAGUGCCUUCAAGCUUUGCAACCGUUGUAUGCUUCGGAAGAAUUAAAGACUAAACUUGAACUCUUCACAAGUAAAUUCAAAGAUAGGAUUGUUGCAAUGACAUUAGAUAAAGAGUACGAUGUAGCAGUACAAGCUGUUAAACUUGUUAUCUCGAUUUUAAAGCAUCACAGAGAAAUCCUUACCGAUAAAGAUUGUGAACAUGUUUACGAACUUGUUUAUUCGUCUCAUCGUGCUGUUGCACAGGCAGCGGGUGAAUUUUUAAACGAACGUCUAUUUCGUCCGGACGAUGAAGCAGUGGCAGGCGUGAAAACUAAACGAGGAAAGAAACGUCUGCCAAAUACUCCACUGAUUCGAGAUCUUGUUUUAUUCUUUAUCGAAUCGGAGCUGCAUGAACAUGGAGCCUAUUUGGUAGAUUCUUUAAUUGAAACAAAUCAAAUGAUGAAGGAUUGGGAAUGCAUGACAGAUCUAUUGUUAGAAGAGGCUGGACCUGAAGAAGAAGCUUUAGAUAAUCAAAAAGAAACGUCUUUAAUAGAAUUAAUGGUCUGUUGUAUAAAACAAGCCGCUACAGGAGAAGCGCCAGUAGGUAGAGGACCAACCAGAAAGAUAUUGUCAGCAAAAGAAAUGAAACAAGUUCAUGACGACAAACAGCGGUUAACAGAGCAUUUUAUACAAACGUUACCUCUUUUACUUGAUAAAUAUAGAGCAGAUCCAGAAAAGCUUGCAAAUUUACUUGCAAUUCCUCAAUACUUCGAUUUGGAUAUUUACACUAAGUCUCGACAAGAGCAAAAUUUAGAUUCGUUGUUGAAUAAAAUUCAUACGAUUGUGAAAAAGAUGCAUGAUACGGAGGUAUUAGAUACAGCCGCAAAAACAUUAGAACACAUGUGUAUAGAGGGGCAUGCCAUUUUUACCAGGUGUGACGUGGCACGUUCAACAUUAAUUGAUUCUAUUGUAAAUAAAUAUAAGGAAGCUAUUGAUGAGUAUAGAAAUUUAAUAGAAGGUGACGAAGAACCUGACGAAGACGAAAUUUUCAAUGUUGUACAAUCUCUGAAAAAAGUUUCAAUAUUUUACUCCUGUCACAAUAUGAACCCAUGGGGGAUAUGGGAUUCUUUGUACAAGGAUAUUGAAGAUGCUAAAGAUCCAGCUAGGUGUUUACCAUAUGAAGCAGUUAAGUAUUGUAUAAGUGCAUGCUUUUUUGCAAUUUUAUGGGGACAGAAUCAUCUUAUGGAAGCUGCUGAUUCUGGAAAUCGAGGAGAAGACGAAUGUCGACAAUUGAAAGAGCGCUUGCACUCUUUUAUGGGAUCUAUGCGUCAUUUUGUUAGCGGAGAUGUAAAUGGCACUCCUUCUCCUCCAAUUUUACGGGAAGAAGCUUACAAUACAAUUUGUGACUUGUUAGUAGUAUUUUGCAAUCAGCUGACAACACAUUCUAAUCCGUUAAUGCAUCAAUUAGUGUAUGAACCUGAUCAAGCAAUGCAGAAUAUGCUGAAUCGGUUCAUCCAAGAAUAUGUAUUUUUUGAAGAAGAAGAUGAUGAACACGAUGAACAUUCAAAAAUUGAAGAGUUGCACAAAAGAAGAAAUUUUCUAGCUGGUUAUUGUAAGUUAAUUGUAUAUAAUAUGAUACCUACAAAGGCGGCAGCAGAUGUGUUCAAACAUUAUGUAAAAUAUUAUAACGAUUACGGUGAUAUUAUUAAAACCACAUUAGGAAAAGCUAGAGAUAUCAAUAAAACAAAUUGUGCUUUAACAAUGCAACACAGUUUGAACAUAUUGUAUAAUGAAAUAGUAGCAGAAAAAGGCCGAGUGAACAGAAAUAGUGAAGAGUUUACUGCCAUUAAGGAACUUGCGAAACGAUUUGCUUUAUCAUUUGGAUUAGACGCUGUAAAAAAUCGCGAAGCAAUAACUGCUUUACAUCGAGCUGGUGUUCUUUUUGCAAUCACACCGCCAGAUGGUAUCGAGCAAGAUCCUACUGGACCACCACCGAAUUUAUCUUUUCUUGAAAUCUUAUCCGAAUUUACGAAUAAGCUUCUUAAACAAGAUAAACGAGUUGUAUUAAAUUUCCUCGAUAGAAGAUUACAAGCAGGAAUGCCGUCCUCCCGCGGUGAGGAUUGGCAGCCAUUGCUUUUAUACAGAAACAGUUUGUUACAUGGCGAAACAGAUCAAGUACCAGUAACGAGUAAACGAGCAUACACGAGACGUAAAAAGGAUCAUUUAGCCGAAGAAGAAGAAGCAGAUGAGCCUGACGAAGGUUCUGAUCAUGAGUUUCCUGGGCUACCUGAUCGUUAUUCAAGCUAAGAGUUAGAAUUUUUAGCAAACUAUAUAAUAUAUUCUAUUCUAAUAAGGGGCAAAAAUUGUAUAAGGAAUUGAUGAGGUCUAUUUUUCUUGGUGCCUGUUUUCAAUGUAAUGUAAGGAAUUAUUGAGAAUGCAUAUACAUAUACAUAUAUACAUAUAUACACGUAUAUGUAUAUAUACGUAUGUCAUAUUGUCAAACUAACAAAUUAAAUAUUAAACGUAUGUCCAAAUACGUAAAUAUUGUACAUGGAAUUGAUGAAAUCUAUUAUUUAUACCGCCUACUUUUUAAAUAACUCACCUAUAAGCUAGUAUAAAAAACAGUAAUAUAAAAAUAUAUAUGAUAAUAUUAUGAAAAUGAUAAUAUUUUUGGAACACCUGACAAAAAAAAAGUACAUAGAGAACGAUGUGUGUUCUAUUGAGCCUAAGAAUUUAAAACCAAGUAAGUUUAAAAUAUGUUGUAUUCUGUUUAUAUAUUGAUAAUAUACAAAUUGGUGAUAGAUAUAA